AUGACAAACGAAGACACAAGUUUGGCAGCAGUAACCGGAGCCGAUCCUCCUCAAAAUCGACGAGUUGUUGCUGUGAGGCAGCAGGAUGAAGCCCUUCAAUGGACCUUAAAAUAUGAGGUUUGGGAUUCAACAUGUAAACGACUUGUUACUAAAUCUUUGUUUCUAUACCAGCCGAUCAUUACCAAUCCUCAACAACUCAAUGCAUAUGAGAGGAUUUUCAGCGAGCUUAGGCGUAGGAUGGGUAAGAAUGUUCCAGAGGAUGUUUUCAUUGGGUGGUGGCAAGAGAGUGGGAGGAAGGUGUACAGUAGAGCCUUGAACCAGAAACGUCAAACAUUAAGCAACAACAUAAAGUUGACAGUGAUGAAGAAGCUCAAGGUGUGGAAGGCAGGGGGGUUCCAGGAAGGUGGAGGCCCACCAAACCCAAGGGAUCUGUUCAGAAGCAAUAUCGCUGAUGGGAAAACUGUCAUCACAGGUUUACGGGAGAAUGGUGAUGCCUACAUUUCAUUCUUGCGGGAUUUUGGCAAGACUGUUUAUGGGAAAAAAUUUGAUAAACUCUCGAAGACAAGGGCUUUGAACAAAUUCUUCCCAGGUGUCUUGGAGGCAUUCUUAUUGAUUGCGUAUGAAAAUGGAUAUGCAAGGUGGAAACAAGAGGUGCUAAAGGGUCCGGAAGAGGAGAACACCGUCCCAUUCAAAUUCACAAGUAGUGCCAAAGGGUCAAGAUGUCAUGAGGGCUGGGGUCGUCCUGCAACACAGCUCUAUACUACACUCUACGAGACAAUUGGGAGGCAAAGGAUCCGUUCUGGUCUCGGUUCCGAAUUUGAUAGGAGAUUCAUGAUUAGUGGGCAGGUAGAGGUGGUGCUGAGCAAUGGCAGAGAUGCGGUUCCAGACGAUUGGGGAAACUUUGAAUUGUUUAAUGCUGAUGGUGAAGAAUCAAUAGGAGUCUAA